UAAUUACUGACAUGCCAAACUUUCGCGAGCCAAUCCUUCCCACGGAGGAAGAUUUUCAAAAGGAAAAGCAGGCCUUACUUGGCAUGAAGUUUAUGGAAGCCAUUUGGUGCAUAACUUGUUCCGGCGUUCACGGCUUUGGCAUAAUGGACGAGUCCGAGCCCUUCCCCCAUGAAAUGCUGUUCUGUGGUACGUACGUGGCGUACUCCUUAAUUUCUGUUUUCUGGUUCCUGUUCCUUUGCUACGGCUGCUGUACGAUCAAUUAUAUUUCCGAGGCAGUGGUCUCGUUGAUUGGAUUCGUGAUGUUCGCUGUGUGCGGGUUUAUUGCAAUGUACCACGUCGAGACGGAUAUUCACAUGCAGUAUUUCAGUGAUAAGGAGGAAUGGUAUCACAAGUUCUUCGUCUGCAGCCGACUGGAGAGUAUUUUCUCUAUGCAGGCUUCGGGACUGUUUCUAAUGCACGGAAUGUUUAUGUUAGAUGUUUUGGGUGUCCUGGAUAAAAUCUAUAGUGGGGCUGAAUCGUUGGCAAGUGGAAUCGCAAUCGACUACAGAGAUGCAGAAGCUUACCAACGGUUACGAUUGAGUCCAUUCUGGGUGCCAUCAUCUCGAUGGAUCGCUUCAAUGUGCCGCGAGUGUUUCCGAAGAUCUGAUGAACCGCAAAAUGUUGCUAUUUGA